AUGGGAAAAGAACGUCUUCUGAAAAAAGAGCGGCGUAAUCCUCUUCAUGUUCAACUCGCAGAGGAUGACUUGCCCAAAAGGAAACAUUAUAAAGAAAAAUUUAUCUCCCGCAGGGAUAAGGAAGACGAAUAUGCUGAACCUGACCUUUCACGAAAAAUUCUCAAAAUCGUAAGGGAGCAACAGGAAGAAAUUGAGCUCGAAAAUCAAGUGUAUAAGUUAAAUAGUAAAAAUGAUCAAAAUGCGAUGCUUUAUUCCAUGAUAGACGAUGAAAGCGAUCAAGAUGACAAUAUUUCAGAUAAUGGCGAUAACUUUGAAUAUGAAGAACUAGAGAUCGACGAAACUGAUCAAGCAAUUCUCGACAAAUUUUUGCCAAACGCACCAAAAGAGAGGAAAACUUUGGCCGAUAUAAUAAUCGAAAAGAUUGCCUUACAAAAUUUGGAUCAAUCAAGUUCAAUAGUGAAAAGUGGCCAGCCUUCGAUAAAUCCAAAAGUGGUCGAAGUAUAUACAAAUCGAUAUAAGUCAGGAAAACUUCCCAAAGCAUUUAAAAUAAUUCCGUCAUUGCCUAACUGGGAAGAAAUAUUGUAUCUUACGCAUCCUGAGAACUGGACCCCAAAUGCUACCUUUCAAGCAACGAAAAUUUUCGUUUCAAAUCUUAAAGAUAAACAAACACAAAGAUUUUUUGAUCUCGUCUUAUUAGAGAAAGUUCGAGAUGACAUACAUGAAAACAAGAAACUUAAUUGUCAUUUAUAUAUGGCACUCAAAAAGGCUUUAUACAAACCUGCUGCUUUUUUUAAAGGAAUCCUAUUUCCACUAUGCGAGUCCGGUACGUGCACAUUGAAAGAGGCUGCUAUUAUUGGAAGUGUAAUAUUAAAAGUAAGCAUUCCAAUGCUUCACUCUUCUGCCGCAUUGUUGCGUCUUUCCGAAAUGGACUAUACGGGAUCUACUAGUCUAUUUAUUCGCAUAUUACUUGAUAAAAAAUAUGCGCUACCCUUUAAAGUAGUGGACGCCCUGGUUUUUCAUUUUAUUCGAUUUAAGCACGAUGAAAGAACUAUGCCAGUAUUAUGGCAUCAAUCACUUCUGGUAUUUACUCAAAGAUAUAAACAAGAUUUGACACCUGACCAAAAAGAUGCGCUUCUUGGAUUGGUUAAAAUUAAGUCACAUUAUCUUAUUACCCCAGAGAUUCGCCGAGAAAUUGCUAAUUCGGUUGCUCGAGAUUUAAUUGAAGAUAUUGAGAUGGAACAAACGUAA